CAUCCCAGACCGGAGCAGAACAGGCUCUGCCAUUUCCAGAGCGAGGGCUGGUGCCCUGCGCUGCCCAGGGCUCUGGCGCUGUGCCGGGGCCGCUCGCAGAGGCCUCGGCGGCGGCGCCGGGAGCGCGGCCGUGCCGGGGCCGCGGCAGCGCCCGGAGGCAAAAUGGAUCUCGCUCCGCUCUUGGCAGCGCUCCUGGGACUCCUCAUUGUCAAGGCUCUUUUGUUUCAGCUGGGAAACCCGAGCUCCCCUCCUUGCAUCAGGAGCUGGAUCCCUUGGUUUGGAGCUGCGUUUCAGUUCGGGAAAGCUCCUCUGGAGUUUAUAGAGCAAGCCAGAAAGAAGAAACUAGAACAAGAAACAUUUUCAAUGGCUGAAAACUCAAAGCAAAGAAGGAAGAGAAUGCUUUCUUACAUCUUUCCCUUUACCAUGUGGUUGCUGCUGCCUGGUGAGAGAAGUUUUGCAGCAGUCUGGAAUGGACAGGAAAAAAACAGAAUCACCAUGCCACAUAAAAUACAGGGUGAGCUGCUUAAUGAGGCCUUCAAAGGAUGUGGCUCCCGACUUGGCGUGGCAGACACGCAUGGACCUGUGUUCACAAUAUUUGCUCUGGGAAAACGGUUCACUUUUGUGACUGAGGAAGAAGGAGCUGAAGCAUUUUUUAAAUCUGAAGACUUAAAUUUUGAACAGGCAGUACAGCAAGCUGUCAAGAAUGCAGUCUCUGUUCCUGCAGAAGCAUUUUAUCAGAACCAUGGUAACCUCUACAGCAUGAUGAAGGGGAAGAUGAGUCCCAGUAACCUGCACUUGUUCUCAGGCACUUUGUGUAAGGAGCUCCAUGAGCACAUGGCUCACCUGGGCACGGAGGGCACGGGUGACCUCAAUGGCCUGGUAAGGCAUGUCAUGUAUCCAGCGGUGGUGAACACCCUGUUUGGGAAGGGCAUCUGCCCAACCAGUCCAAGUGAAAUCAAGGAGUUUGAAGAGCAUUUUCAGAAGUACGAUGAGGACUUUGAAUAUGCUUCUCAGAUGCCCGAGUGCUUCCUGAGGAGCUGGUCUAAAUCCAAAAAAUGGCUUCUAAAAUUAUUUGAGAAAGUAGUGUUAGAUGCUGAAAGGACCAACCCUUCAGAGACUGCAUCCAAGACACUUCUGCAACAUCUCCUGGAUAACUUGCAGGGAAAACACCUAGCUCCCAGUUAUGGCCUCCUGAUGCUCUGGGCUGCCCAAGCAAAUGCUGUGCCUGUUGCAUUUUGGACCCUUGCUUUCAUACUCUCUAAUUCAGCCAUUUACAAGAAAGUAAUGGAAGACCUGGCUUCUGUUUUUGGCCAAGCAGGUAAAGAUAAACUGGAAGUCUCUGAGGAAGACCUGAAGAGGAUCCCUUUCAUUAAAUGGUGCACUUUGGAAGCCAUACGGCUGAGGUCUCCAGGUGCAAUCACCAAGAAAGUCAUAAACCCAAUUAGAAUUAAGAAUUUCACCAUCCCUGCAGGUGACAUGCUGAUGUUGUCACCAUAUUGGUUGCACCGGAAUCCAAAAUAUUUUCCUGACCCAGAAAUGUUCAAACCUUUUCUUCCCACAGGAUCGUUGGAAAGAGGCAAAUUUAGAGAAGAAUGCUUUCUUGGACAGCUUUGUGGCAUUUGGAGGAGGGAAGCAUCAGUGUCCAGGAAGGUGGUUUGCAAUCAUGGAAAUCCAGCUGUUGGUUGUGCUGUUCCUGUACAAGUAUGAAUUUGUGCUCUUGGAUGCAGUGCCAAAGGAGAGCCCUUUACACUUGGUGGGGACACAGCAACCCAUGGCACCAUUACAGGUCCGGUAUAAAUGUCGGGAAUGAAAGUUGUGCAGCACUGACCUUUCUUUGCCAGCCCACGCUGGAUGGAUGGACCACUGAGCUGCUUCCUAAUCCCACAUCUCCAGACAGCUUCUCUGCCUGCAGAGUUCUUGAUUUCAGCUUUCAGUGCUGUACACUGUGCUGUGCCAAACCAGUGCAGUCAUACCUGUGCUCCUCCCCAGCUGCCCACCUCCCAGUGCUUCAGUCCAAGCUCUCCUGCUGCAUCCAUAAUUUGUGGGCCAGUUACUCACUGACUUUGCAAAUCUGAUAUACUAAACUCACCAACCAAGUAUUCAGGACAAAAACCUGCAGUGUCUGGAAGUCCUGUGUGGAAGCUGUGCCAGAACCAGCGGAGAAGCAGCUCCCUUGGGCCAGGUCACUGCUUCCUGCAGGGCGCUUCAAACCAAGGCCAAAGUGGUGCCUGAUGCUAAGAAAUCUCAUUGGUAACAGCAAACAGCUCCCUGGUGCUGGUGUGCACAAAAUCCAGGACAGUCUGAGCAGAGACCUCUGGAUCAGCUCCACAUCCUGAUAAACUGUGGGCACUUGUGUGUCACUGCCUGGGUGGGCAGGUGAAGGUCUGGCCUGCUCUGCUACAACCAGUGCCAACUUCUUGUGAAUAAAAUGCAUUUGUCAUGGAAAAAUUGCAAGCAUUUGGGAUCUUGUUCCACUAGAGCACCUGAAAUUUCUGCUGAGCUUUAUUUUGCUCCUCAGGAUUCAGAAUUGGUCCUUGCAUGAAUUUGCAAUGAAAGUUUGACCAUGUUUAGCUCCCAAUAAAAAGUGAUUGCAAGGAAAGCUGUUCCUGCUCAUGA